AUGGCCGUGCAACUGCAGCUGGUCGACCGAACGGAGAUGGCAGGUAUUGUUUGGUACCACAUCCGGGUUGUCGAGAAUGAGAAGGAGUGGUUGGUGAAGAAAACCUACGAUGAGUUUGCACAUUUGGAUGCAAUGCUUUCGACACCUACAUCACCCUUUGUGAGACUACCUCUCCCUGAGAAAGGUACCUUCGGUUUCCGAGCAAUGUUCGACAUCGGUGACUUCAACCAGAAGCGACGAGUUGGCCUUGCCAACUACCUGGCACGACUUGCGCAGCAGUUGAAAUCCCUUGCUCAGCUGCCAGCGCUACAGCAAUGGUUGCAGCCGGCAGCAGCGCCGGCUUACGCACCGGCCUACGCCCAGGCAGCAGUAGCUGCUCCAGUGGCCAACCCAAUAGUCGCACCGGCUGCCAUGCCGGCAGUUGCCGUGGCCUAUCCCCAGGGACCAGCAAUGCCUGCUGCGGCAGUUGCAGUUGCACAAGCCCCGAUUGAUCCCACGCAGGCAAUGACCGACAUUGCCCCCUCGGCUCCAGCAUUGUCACCCGAAUAUUCGCAACCAUUAGCGAAUCCAGCUGUUCAGCAGGCAGCACAGCCUGUUAUGGCAGUGCCUGUGGCUGCGCAGCCACAGCAGGAAGCCACGCCUUCCCUCGGACAUGCUGUGCCAGCGCAAGCGGUUGUCCCUCAGGCACAGCCUGCGGUGGGGCAGAUUCCUGUGGAAGCUCAAGCUUUCACAGCACCGGGGCAGCCUGUAGGACAGGCGGUGGCGGGCCAAGCGAUGCCUGUGCCACAAGCCGUGCCGGUAGAAGCAAUUCCAGCACAAGUGCAGCCUGCCAUGGGGCAGGCGAUGCCUGCGACAGGCCAGGCUCUACCAGUGCAGGCCAUGAUGGGCCAGACACAGCCUCCAGCGGUGCAGGCUGUGGCAGCUCAGGCUUUGCCGGCAGUGGGCCAGCCCGUCGUGGGACAGGGAGCAGUUGGGCAGGCCGCACCGGUGCAACAAGCCGUGCUUGGGCAAGCCGUACAAGGCAUGCCGGUGCAUGCUCAGCCUGUGGUUGGGCAAGCAGCUGUGCCAGGACAGGCUUUGCCAGUGCAAGGACAGCCUGUGAUGGGACAAGCGGUGCCAGUCCAAGGAACACCUAUGAUGGGCCAAGUUCCGAUGGGCCAGGCCGUUCCGGUGGGCCAAGCCAUUCCGAUGGGCCAAGCCGUUCCGAUGGGCCAAGCCGUUCCGGUGGGCCAAGCCAUUCCGAUGGGCCAAGCCGUUCCGAUGGGCCAAGCUGUACCAGGACAGGGCAUGCCUACGUCAGUGCAGGCCCAAGGAUGCGCACAAGGAGUGCCCGUGCACGGGCAGGCCUUUCCUGGGGGCCAGUCGAAGCCAGGCUUUGGUCUUGAUGGUGCGAAGCUCGCGGCUGGCGUGGCUGGCGCUGCCGGACUUGCGGCUGGGCUGGGCGCCAUGCUCGGGGUCCACCGCACUGGCCACGAUUAUGAUUCUGGACAUCAGUCUGGGUAUGGUUCCGCUGGCUUCGCUGGCUUCUCCGGCCACCACCAGGACCAUCACCAUCACCAGCAAGAGUGGGGAUACAACCGCCACGAGCACCAUCACCACCACGAAGGGCGCUGCUUCAAAUGUGAAGGUCGAGGCUUUGUCCAUGACUCGUCCAUGAACCACGACAAACCCUGGGAUGAGCGCUGCUUCUUCUGCAAGGACUGUUCCGGUUGCAGUGGCAGAGGCCACAUCUCUCAGGGCCAUGGCGGCUUUGGAGGUGCCAUGCUUGGAGGCUUCGGCGGAGGCAAGGAGCGCUGCUACAAGUGCCAUGGCCGCGGCUUCUCGCACGACUCCUCCAUGAGGCAUGAUAAGGAUGAAGACGAGAGGUGUUUCUUCUGCACAGACUGCACUGGCUGCAAUGGGUCUGGCCACAUCUCUGGUGGUGGCCUCGGUGGCUUCUUUGGAGGCGGUGCUCAGCGAUGCUAUAAGUGUGAUGGCCGUGGUUUUUCCCACAAUUCUUCCAUGAACCAUGACAAGGACAGCGAUGAGAGGUGCUUCUUCUGCGAGGACUGCACCGGAUGCAACGGGAGAGGUCAUUUGUGA